GCACCUGGCGCAGGACGCUCAUAGACGCCUAUGCACCUGGCGCAGGGCAGAGCAGCUGCACUCCAUGAGGAGAGUCUAAAGACUGUGGAGACACGGAAGGACCGCUACGUCUGUACAUAGGGCGACAGGGGCCUCCGUGACUGCGCUCGUGCAGGUGUGACUGAGGGAGCUCCGAGGAGUGGUCGGGCUGCUAUGUGAGAUGAGGUGCAAGAACGGCAGUCUGGUGACACUAUUCUGCUUGGCUGCUUUCUUCUCCCUGUCCUGGUACACAGCCUGGCACAGAGACAAAGAAUAUGGAAUGGAUUCAUAUGAAAAGCAGUUUUUAGAAUUACAACAAAGACUCUUCCACGCAGAACAAGAGAAUCAAAAGCGAUCUCGAGAUCUGAGCGCCGUUCUAGACGAGAUAAAACAGGCAGUGGCAGAGAAGAGAAACGCAUUUGAGAAUCAUACAGUUGAGGAGAUAAAAUGGAAGGUGUUGAAUAUGACCAGCAAACUCCCCAUGCAAUUCACAAACAUAUACAUGUUUCUGCCCCAUUUGUUGGGCCACGAAGACAGCCUGCAGCCAAAUGUGCAUUAUGGGCAUGGAAAGACAGGAGUGUCCAUAGUUAUUGGAAUCCCUACUGUAAAGAGAGACAAGCAGACCUACCUGAUGGAUACUUUGAGCUCCCUUUUCUCAGAGAUGUCUGCAGCAGAAAAAGAAGAUUGUGUCGUCAUCGUUUUCAUAGCUGAGGUGAAUGCCCAGUAUGUGAAUGAACUUGCUGACAAUAUUAUGAAUAGCUUUCCUCAAGAAAUACAGUCUGGUGUGCUUGAGAUUAUAUCUCCACCUUCAUCAUUUUACCCAGAUUUCGCAACUAUUAAGGAGACGUUUGGGGAUUCCAAAGACAGAGUGAAGUGGAGAACAAAGCAAAACCUAGAUUACAGCUUCCUUAUGUUGUAUGCACAACCAAAGGGCACGUAUUAUUUGCAGUUGGAAGAUGACAUUGUUGCCAAGCCAGAUUAUUUCCAAUCCAUCAAGGAAUUUGCUACCCAACAAACCUCUGAUGAUUGGCUUAUACUUGAGUUCUCACAGCUUGGAUUUAUCGGAAAGCUCUUUAAGUGUAAAGAUCUUCCACACAUUGCAGAAUUCUUCUUGAUGUUCUACAAAGAUAAACCCAUCGACUGGCUCCUUGAUCAUUAUCUCUGGGUAAAAGUGUGCAACCCGGAAAAAGAUUCAAAACACUGUGACCGACAAAAGUCCAACUUGCGCAUUCGGUAUCGUCCAUCCCUAUUCCAGCAUGUUGGGACACAUUCCUCUUUGGCGGGAAAAAUACAGAAUCUAAAGGAUAAAGACUUUGGCAAGAAGGCGUUACACAAGCCUCAUCUGAAUCCUCCUGCUAAACUCGGCACCAGCCUGAAAGUGUACCAACAGUACAACCUGGAAAAGGCCUACAUGGGGGAAGAAUAUUUUUGGUCCUUCUCUCCUGUGGCAGGAGAUUACAUCCUGUUUGAGUUUCAAGAGCCUUUGCAGCUAGAAGGUUACUUGUUCAGGAGUGGAAACAUCGAGCACCCGGGUGACAAGCUCUUUAACACUACUGUACAGGCCUUACCGGCAGAGAAAGUUAAUAAUGUGCCACAGGGACAAAUAGAUGAAGACGGAUUCGUACAAAUAGGCAAAUUUCAGAAUGGCAUCGCUGAAGGCAAAAUCAGCAGCUCUUUGGGGAAAAUCAAAGCCAUCCGUCUAAAGAUUCUCACUGAGUCCCCUGUCUGGGCCCUGCUAAGUGAGAUGUUCAUAAAGUUGAAAAAAUAGUUUGUUUUUAAAAUUCUGAGACUGAUGCCUUAAACAUUUGGAAAGCUUGCCCUCUGCUGGUGGAGAGAAAAACUGCUCAGAAGAUAUUGCGUCACCGAAAGUAUGAAGAAAAGAUAGAU